AUGCUGAGAGUUCCUGCCAAGCUCAACCUCCAUCUCCAGGUUGGCUUGCGAAGAGAGGACGGAUACCACGAUAUCACGACGGCAUAUCAAGCAGUAUCCCUCUACGAUAUUGUGAAGAUUUCUCUAACCGAGGCAUCACGCGGCGUUACCAUAACCGUGACAGGUGUUGACUCGGAUCGAAUUCCGACCGACUCGCGAAAUCUGGUGGUCAGGGCAGCCCAAGCUCUCUCCAGUCACAUCGGCAUUGACCCAAAUCUUCAUUUUGAAUUGAUCAAGUCGAUUCCUACAGGCGGUGGUCUCGGCGGUGGAAGUGCCGAUGCAGCAGCUGCCUUGGUCGGAAGCAACAUCCUGUGGAAGGCUGGUGCCGACGAAGACUGUCUGCUGGCUAUUGCCGCACGAAUUGGCGAAGAUGUGCCCUUCUUUGUCAAAGGCGUCGUGGCGAUCAGCACAGGACACAUGCAACCACCGAUGAGCUUGAAACAUGGCAAUCACAUUUGGUACUGGGUGUUGGGGAUCCUCCCGAGCGGUCUCUCAACAAAAGAGGUUUUCGAAAAGCAUGACGAGGUCUCAGCGACGAGGGUAUUCUGCGAAGAGACAUAUCGGUACAGGCGUGAACGGUGUGUAAAGACAGCUUGGGGGAGUACACCGCCUCACCUUCUUAUUGCUUCACUGCUUAAUGAUCUUGAAGAGGCUUCGAUAGAAUUAUUACCCAGCAUCGGCAGGGCGUUAUCAGCAGGUAAGAAUGCCGGCGCGCUUGCGAGUCUUUUGGCGGGGAGUGGGUCUGCAUGUGCGUUUCUUGCUAGAAGCGAAGACCAUGCAAGAGGCUUAGUCCUGAAAUUGCAGGAGAUAAACAUCUUUAGGCAAAUAGCCUUGGUCAUAGGACCUGUGGGGGGAGUGCGUGUUCUUGGUUAG